GUUAUACAGUCAUCACGUGCACACUGUGACUGUGACGGACGCAAUCACGGUCAGAAAUCGAUCAUCCUGCACAGGACGAAUUCCAGUCUCUGUUUCCACCGAAAAGCAGAACCCCCAACCUUCACAUCGUCUGUAGCUUAAACGCGAUCAAGCGGACCAGAAGGGAUGUCCGUAGCCACCAAAAAUCCCUUUGCCUUGCUCGAAGAUGUGGAGGACUCGUCCCGGCCGUCCAGCCCAGUCCCCGCUCGUGCCCCCGUACCUGCUGCUGCAACCACCACCACUACACCCGCGACUCGUGGUGCUGCUAAGCCCCGAGGUGGUCCUGCUUCACGAGGUGGAAAGUAUUAUGCUCGUGGUGGAAAGCCCCGUACCGAUGAGGGUGGCUUGAACCAAAAUGGCAUCGAAGAGCCUUCUCAGGAGAGGAAGUUCGAUGGUCGUGGUCGCGGUCGUGGCUCGCGUGGCCACCGCGGCGGCCGCGGACGCCCUUUCGACAAGCACAGUCAGACUGGCAAGGUCGACUCUGAGAAGAAAGUCAACCAAGGCUGGGGUGCCGAGGAGGGGAACGCCGAGCUCAAGGCUGAGGAAGCUGGUGUCAAGGAUGCGACUGUCGAAGCUAGCGACAGCGCUCCCGCCGGCGGAUGGGGCGCAUCUACUGCUGAGGGUGAUGCUGCAACUCCAGCUGCAGAGGGAGACGCGAAGGGCCGCCCUCGUCGGGAACGCGAACCCGAGGAGGAGGACAACACACUCACUCUCGAGCAAUACCUCGCGCAACAAAAGGAGAAAGAGAACACGGUCGUUCCUAAGCUCGAGGCUGUCCGCCAAGCGAACGAAGGGGUCGAUGGCGAACUUUUCAAGGGUGGUGUCGCGCUUGAAAAGGGCGGAGAAGAGGAGGCCUACUUCGUAGGCAAGAGUAAGGCCGCACCCAAGGCCAAGGCUAAAAAGGAAGAGAAGGUCUUCCUCGAGAUUGACGGCCGCUUCGAGCGCCCGUCUCGUGGCGGAGUACGUGGUCGCGGUGGCGAUGACCGUGGUGGUCGUGGCCGCGGAGCUCGUGGUCGGGGUGGCCCUCGCGGCGGACGUCCGGGUCCCGCCACGGCGCCAGCACUCAAUGUGGACGACGAGUCGGCCUUCCCCUCGCUCUCGUAAAAUCUGCAAUCGCAACCGCACCAUACAGCCUGUUCCUCGAUCUCAUCUCAUCUUUGUUUUCAUGUGGCCACGACUCAAUGAAUCAAUAUGAAACUGCUCGUAUGCUUCGAUUUUGUGUCCACCAGUGUAUAUAGGUUAUUGCUUUUGUACCAGUUCCCAUGAUUGUACUGUUCCAAAGCCCAAGAACUAAUUCCAUAUUUUAUCCAUCUGAACGGAUCGGGGAUCAGGAUAUCAUCGACAUGCCUGUUCCGUCACUGUCGCCUCUUUCGUCUCAUCCAUCCAUCCAGUUUUAUUCAUGAUUGAAACGAUCUACAUCGCCCGCCAUGGUUUGUCUUCUGCUACUUGCUACCCUUUCACGCGCUAGACGGUGGCAGGAUUUCGAUUGAAUUGGAUCAGUACUAAUUGGUCGGCAAGUUUCGCGUCUCGAAGAUAAUCCUGUUCACAUGGUGCAGGACGAGCCCCACGGGGCUUCCCCGUGAUCCCCCGCUGGCGGCAUUCGGAGAGGUGCAAUUUAUGCUUUCUAAGGAAAUCUCUUAAAUCGGCCCGUUAGACUCAAGCUCAAGAACUCGCCGAUUACUUUCUGAACAUCCCUGAGGAUCAACGCCCGACAGUCAUCCUAUCUUCUCCUUACUGUGCGAUCUUGUCGAACGGAUAAUGCUAGAUGUCAUAACCGUUCAACAGACCGAUGUCUCCAAACGGCCAAACCCACUGCUUUAGCUCUGCGUGUGCCCAUCUUUGUCGAGCAUGGACUUUCGGAAUGGUACUCUCACGUCCAAAAUGAUACUGGACUGCACCCUCGACCUUCUUCCGCCGAAUCUCUCAAGGAACACUUUCCCGACGCCAUUGACCCGGCCGGAUGGUCGUCGAUCUACUAUCCGCCUCGCACGGGCGAAGAUGUCGCCGAAGUCCACGCGCGAGGUAAAGACUUCCUCGCUGCAUUCAUUCCGUUUGUCGAGCGGGCAUUGUCUGAAGAGAAGCACAAGCGAGUGCUGCUCGUCAGCCACGCCGCCACCGUCAUCGUUCUGGCCAGAGCGCUGUCGGGCAAUCCGGAGAUGCCGCUGCGGAUCGGGUGCGCUACGGUGACUGAAUUCGUCAGAGAAACCGCCGAUAAGAACCCUCUCGCUGGUUGGAAGUCCGUCAGAGUUGCGGACGCGGCUCACUUGAAGGAUGGUUCGCAACGAGAUUGGGGAUUCGAGGACAUUGAAGUGGCUGAUGGUCAGGUGGUAGAUGAUCCUGGAGUGCCUGGAACACAGGGCCAAGUCGAACUAACGAACGGAGUCCAGCUCCAUGCCAUCGCUGGUGGCUCGGCGAACUUGUAGAUCUAUUUCAACUAUGGAUAUAGCGUAGAAGAUGCUAGAAUUUGACCCAAGCGCUUGCAUAACUGACACUGGAAUCCCUCACAGUCAAGCACUUGCUGCUCUGCUCGUAACGUGUCCAUUGGAUUUCCUGGCCGCCUUGCUUCUUCAGGGCGGCCAUAGAUCCCAAGAGGACACCUAUGGGAUGUCGUCCACAGAUCGUGUUCUUGGUUCGGGACAAGUAGGCGGAAAAGACACCGUGACAGUCCGGUUCAUCAGAGGGCAACGUCAAGAUGGACAUGGCUUCGCGAUCCAGGGCCUCGAUUGACGCAUGGAUGGGGUACUCACUGGCCGGGCCCAGCGACCGAGAAAGAUGGAUCGGGUUUGCAGACUCUGAACUAUCAUCAACGGCUGACGGCCAAAGCAGCACUUGGCCACGGACCUCCGGAUCGGUAAUAGGUGUAUGAGAAUCGUUGUCCCCAAUGACAGAAGUCGCUGCUGACCACAGUCAGGGUAUCGGGCCGCUCGAGAUAAGGGGCAAGCAAUGCACC